AGAUGGCUUCUAAUAUGAAGACCAAAUUUCAAAAGUAUUGGGACUGCUAUAGUGUUAUCUUAUCAUUUGCCAUUAUCCUGGAUCCUCGUUACAAACUCCAGUUUGUGGAAUAUUGUUUUUUUGUGUUGGAUCCUCAAUCACGGGAUGAAAAGGUUCUUAGUAUUAAACAAAAGUUGUUUCGUUUGUUCGAAGAAUACUCUAAGACCAACACUGGUAUUACUGCUGCACCAAUGGAGAGUACUUUUAAUGGUGAUAAUGGACAAACUAGAGAUCUCAUGGAUGGUUUUGAUGUGUACCAAUCUCAACAAGAGGCAAGUGGUAACAAAUCUGAGUUGGAGUUGUAUCUUGAGGAGCGACUAGUCGAUCGUAAGCAACAACCAGAUUUGAAUGUUUUGACUUAUUGGAAGGAGAGUAGAAUUAGAUAUCCUGAACUUUCACUUAUGGCUCGAGAUAUCUUAAGUAUUCCUAUUACCACUGUCGCGUCUGAGUCUGCUUUUAGUCAUGGUGGGAGAAUUCUUGGAAAAUUUCGAACUUCUAUGUUGCCGGAUAAUGUGGAGGCACUACUGUGUUCUCGAGAUUGGUUGUAUAAUAGUGAAGAGUGUCUUGAUAAAGAUUUUGAAGUUGAACAAGAAGACGAGGAGCAAGAUCUUGGAAUUGAUAUUAGUAGAUUAAGUGCUGAACAAGAUGCAUCUUCAAAUGUUGAUACUUAGUAAAUGUUCCAGUAUAUGUCCAUUUGUUAUAUCACUGGGUUUGAAUGCUGCCCAAGUUCCAUAAAGCAAAUUAGUUUCAGCUUUGAAUUCUAGCAUUUUUGGGGUGUUCAGUAGUUAUUUAUCUUUCCUCAAUGAGUUGUUGAAGGAUUAGAAUGUGCUUUAUUGGUGACUAGUUGAUGGUUGUGUUGUCAUUGGACCUGUUCUAAUGUUGCGUUAAUUUUUUGAAGAAUUUUCAAAUGAA